CCUAUAUAAACUCUUCCCCCCUACCCCCGGCCCAUUCUCUCUCUCUCUCUCUCUCUCUCUCUCUCUCUCUCUCUGUGAUCCGAUCAAUUCAGCCGCCGCGUUUCUCAGCCUUCUCCGACGGCAUCAGGGAUGAGCAGCGAUGGAGAUGGAAAUGGAAAUGAAGCUGAGGGAAGCCAGCCGCAUCGCCCUGCACCUCGCCUGAACGAGAGGAUCCUCUCAACAUUGUCCAGGAGAUCAGUGGCUGCCCAUCCUUGGCAUGAUCUUGAGAUUGGACCUGGAGCUCCCAAUAUCUUUAACUGCGUUGUUGAGAUAACCAAGGGGAGCAAGGUCAAGUAUGAACUUGACAAGAAGACUGGUCUGAUUAAGGUGGAUAGGGUGUUAUAUUCAUCAGUAGUGUAUCCCCAUAAUUAUGGCUUCGUCCCUCGCACAUUAUGUGAGGACAACGAUCCGAUGGAUGUCUUAAUCCUCAUGCAGGAACCAGUCCUCCCAGGGUGUUUCCUGCGUGCCCGAGCCAUUGGACUGAUGCCUAUGAUUGACCAGGGAGAGAAGGAUGAUAAGAUUAUUGCAGUGUGCGCCGAUGACCCUGAGUACAAACACUACACUGACAUCAAAGAGCUUCCCCCACAUCGCCUUUCAGAGAUCCGUCGCUUUUUUGAAGACUACAAAAAGAAUGAGAACAAGGAGGUUGCUGUGAACGAUUUCUUACCGUCAACAUCUGCUGUUGAAGCCAUCCGAUACUCGAUGAACCUCUAUGCUGAGUACAUCUUGCAAACAUUGAGGAGGUAAAAGAAGAAUCCCCCAUUUGUGGCGAAUUCCUUUGCCAACAAGGUACUGAGAACAUUCAUUCAGAUUAACCAGGUCGUUCCGUGUCAGAUUUGUUUUGUUUUGAGGAUUGAACAAGGAAUUUAUUAUUAUCCAUAUUGCCGCUGUUAGGAUGGACUUAUUCUUCCCUAUUAAGAGAUUGUUGCGUUUCUAUAAUGUUUUGUACGUCAAUUCCCUGAAUAAGAAUUCUUGCAGAUGAAAAAUUUAUGCCUUAGUUUGCUGCCAAUUUGGUAUUUA